UUCCAGCAUUCAGCCAUGGCUGGGAACCAUGAGAACCAAAAAGGAGGGGGGGAAUUUUUUAGAGCCUGGUUGAAGGGAUUGAUUGCAUUUUCACUCUCUCUUUCAGCGGACCCCUUUGAAACCAUGUUAAAGUCCUUGUUGCAGUAUCAGUCUGGCCUGGGUGGAGACAUGGCUGAGAGCUGCUUGAGGAAAAAACUGUAUGAAAAUGGUGUCACCAAGUUGCUGCCGAGUAAUUUUCCUGUCAUCCAAAAGUUCUUCGUGCUUGCAGCCCUGAUGGAAAUGGAGCUGGUCUUGAAGAAAGUCAUAAAAGAACGACAAAGAAAAAGCUUCAGCCGACACAUCUUCAUAGAUUCUUUACUACAGGGGAAUCUGAGUGACAAGCAGUGCGUCUCUCUCUCUUUUCUUCUUCUUCCAUUAGUGUGUACGUGGGCAGUCUAUUUGUUAACCACCUCAAAAGAAGUUCAGCAAAAGCUCUAUAAGGAGUUGGAUCAGGUUCUUGGGAAGGGCCCGGUUACACCCGUCAAAAUUGAACAACUUAGGUGUGGGUCUGUUUUUAUACUCUCUCUUUCUUUUCUUUUCUUUUUCGAUAGAUUUGAUCCAGGUAGAUUCAGCGAUGAAGCUGCUAUAAAAAACUUCUCUCUCCUGGGUUUUUCAGGAAGUCAGGAAUGCCCUGAACUGAGGUUUGCCUGUACAGUUGCUACGGUUCUCCUGAGCGUGAUUGUGAGGAAGCUCCACCUUCAACCUGUGGAAGGCCAAGUCAUUGACACGAAGUAUGAGCUGGUUACAUCACCCAAGGAAGAAGCAUGGAUAACCAUAUCUAGGAGGAACAAAGGAGAGGAGUGAAAUCGUUGCGGGAGAAAGAACCCUUUUGCACAACUGACCAUCUUCCAAUGCUUCCUUUGAAUCGUUGUUAGCCGUUCCUGGCUCAAAAUAUUUCCCUCCUUUCCUUGGAUCCUGUAAACAAAUCUGUAGGAUGAAUGGGAAAACUGGACCUUGUGAGGCAGGGAUCAAUUUGCUCCUCACUUCCCAUUAACCAGAGCCAGCAAGAGGUCAUGUAUUCUAACCUAGAAGUCCUCAACCAUAAAAACCCAAGUGUAAAGCGGUCACAUUGUGGAAAGGCACUGAGCGUUUGUGUAUAGGAGCUUUUUAAAAACCUGUUUUUAAAUGAAGUACAACUCAAAAGUUUUGAUUUACAGCAGAGAGAAACCUAAAAGGUGAACCCUUGCUCUAAAUCAAGUUCCAAUGUGAGUAAUGGGUUCAUGCAAUUCAAUAAAAAAUGGUGGAAGCACACUUCCAAUAAGAAACA